CUGCAGCCGCCGCAGGUGGUCGUGCAGCGUGGGCUCGCACUAAGUCACCGAUGGUCACAAGACGCGCGCAGGCUCGCAGCGUCCUAUGGCGGUAAUCGAGACCACGCCCCUGCGUGCGCCGCGCUACUCCUGCCGGAACGGGCUCCACAGCUGUUUCGCCAUCGCUGCCGCUAUCCUCCUCCUCCUGCUCGCCGCUGGCCGCCGCGGGGGACGGGGGGGUCGGACCUCCGGGGGUUCCAGGGGCCCCGGGCGGGAAACAGCAGCAGGCGGGCAGUAGGUGCGUGUCAUCAGCGGGUGUCACGCCACGCAUGCCACGGCAUGUCAUGCAGGACGUGCUAGCCGAACAUUCAUUCGUGGUGAUGGUGGUGGUGGUGGUGGUUUCUGUGGUGCCGAGAUCGUGGGUUAACCGGGCGGAUAUGCGUAGGCGGUGCAGCAGUGCGGUGCCAAAACCGGCAGCAGUGCAGUUGGGGUAGGACGGUAGGUGCGGCAUUAUUUGUUGCCUUGCUAGCGUCAAUCCCGGGUGAUGGAGAAAGGCGCCGUUGAAGGCCCAGGCAUCUCGGUGUUCAAGAGUGGGAGGAUAGACAGGCCUGGAGCCCGCAGUGUGUCGUGGCAGUGUGCCAUGGCGGUAGGGGCAGGUGCGCUACAAAACCCAUGGACGCAAGAGCGGCGAAGUGGCAGGUACGGUUGGCUGGCGUAAGCCGUCUACUGGUAGCUUGUACCAGGGUAUAGCUGGUCAAAGCGCAUCUCAAGGUGUGUGAAAUGUUGAUUGCACAGCUGCAGGGGCAGGUUGGGUAGUUGCAUUUGCGGCUGUGGAGCAACUGAAGCUGCAGUGAUGCUGAUGUGUUGACUGUUAAUGAAAGGGUUGCGAGUUCGUAUCUGGUUCCCGAAGGAUCGCUCCCGCAGCUGAGAUGAAGGCUGCAGGCAGAGGAGUGGCCGGCUUGAUCUCGGUCUUGAUGGCAUUAAUGAGGUGCUAUGUCCUAAGAGCUGUGGGACAGCGCGCCCGCAUUUCAAGGUACCGGCCCCAGGAUUUGUUGUUGUCCGUAGCUACGGUACAUCAGGCGCAUCAGCAAUCCUGUUCUUACCGCCAAGCCGCAAAGAAACCGCCAAGCCCCUGCCACCGCGGCCUG